CUCUUUUGUUGCCCAUCACCCCGCUUCCUGCGAUAUCCACCAUCUGUCGCAUCAUGUCGCCCCCAGAUACCGACCCAGCACAGGUCGAACCACCCCUGGAUUCUGCCGCCGCUCCCAGGAAGCGGACCCACCCGGACGACUUCAAGCGCGCCUACAAGGCCUGUAUCAAUUGCCGGCAGAGAAAAGCAAAAUGCAUCCUUGACCCGGCGCCUGGGGGCGAGCUGAAGCCGCCAUGUCAGAGGUGCAAGAGAGAGAUGAGAGAAUGUGUGUUUAGAUCGGAGAGAUCAUGGGUGAAGAGACGGAAGCCCGGCGAGGCUCGAACGCAGGGUGAAGAGGCGGUCGCCAGCAACGAUACGUCAGUGACAGGUGAUGCUAAGGCAAGUUCAAUCUCGACAAGCCAACAAUCGCCUGUCCAGAGGACCCCGUCUAUCUCUGGCCUGACCCACGCUGAUACGCCUCAUGGCCGCCGGUCUGAUAUCUUCUCGCCCCCGGCUACGCUGCGUCGCGGGUCUACAUCCCAGCCAGAUCUCGCACAUUCAGUAAUGAGGACCGUCGUCUCUAGUGGCACCGAUGCUCUGAACUUGCUGUUCGAGGCCGCGAACCAUCGCGAUGCAAUUGAGAAUCAGGACCAAAACGGUUCUCAGCCAUACGAGACACCCAGGUCAGCCCCGUCAGGGUACGAGUUAGGACGCGAUGGCAUACCUUCGUCCCCGUUCAUCUUCAGGGCGCAACCUGUGCAAAUGUCCCAACCUUCCCCCGAGACUCUCAAAGUCUGGACGACCUGUCGAUACGUGCAAAUGGGCUGGUUCUCGGCGCACGAAGCAGUUACCUAUGUCGACCUGUUCUUCAAGAAUUGCUCUCCGCUGUCGCCCAUUCUAUCUGAAAUCUACGCCAACCACGAGAACCAUUGGUCUUUGAUAGCUUUAGAUCCAUUCUUGUGCGUUACGAUACUGAUGGUAUCCUCACGGUACAACAUCCUACCCGGGAUCGGCGGAGCAUCGAGGGGCUACUUUGUCCAUGACCGGCUGUGGGAGCAAUGCCAGAGAUUCAUCAUGAAGAUCAUGCUCGGGCAAGUAAAACCAUCAAAGGCGCAAUCACGGACCAUUGGAUCGAUUGAAGCACUCCUGUUGCUCUCCGAAUGGCACCCUCGUGCUCUUCACUUUCCCACCGCCAGCGAUGGAUGGGAUUGCGAGUUGAUGGUCGGGGCCAACAAUACUACAGCACAAGGCAUAAAGCUCCUCGAAGGAGACACAACAUCGAGCCGCUGGCUGGAGGACGUCAUCGAACCUGCGAAACGCUCCGAUCGGAUGUCCUGGAUGCUCAUGGGGUGUGCCCUAUCGCUCGCACAGGAGCUUGGCUUAUUCGAGGACAACGGCAGUAUUGAAAAGGACCAGAUAUCAUACCCCAAGUUCUCCAGCGAGUUUCUCGUUCUGCGGCGAAUACGCGUACGGAAGCUGUUGUAUGUUUUCAUUGAGCAGCUGUCGUGGCGUUUAGGGUGUACGUCGAUGAUUCCACAGAGCCUAAACCAUGCUUUGAUGGAGAAGAUGCCUGUGGAUUCUACGACUGGAGCGGUGGAGCAGUGGCAGUCGUUCAUGAGCGCCUGGGUGGAGCUCACGAAGCUCGCAAGGUCUGUUUCGGAUACGGUUUAUCCUUCCGCAGCCACUACGCGCAGUUUACUACGUACCGGACGCUAUAUCGGGCUGCUGGAGCACUUUCAGCCUCUACUGACGACGUGGAGGAAGAAAUACCUGGACCCAUGCAAACUCAAGGUCGGUCUACAUGACAUGCUCUCCAUCGAAUAUCAGUACGUAAGGAUCUACACCAAUUCCCUCGGCAUGCAAGCCGUAGUGGAGCGCACUCUCGCAGAGACCGACCCGGACGGACCCCAGGAGGAGAUCUUGCCGCUCAAUCUAGAGCCGAGGGACUACGACUUCAUCCAGGAAGUCGUCGACGGAAGCUGCCAGAUUCUACAGAAGGUUGUUCAGCUUUCAGAGUCAGGAGCACUGCGCUACUCGCCUGUCCGGAUAUUUCUCCGCAUCACUACAUCGUCCAUCUACCUCAUCAAAGGCCUCAGUCUAGGCUCUCGCAACCAGAAGCUGCAAUCCUCCCUCGACAUUCUGGAUAAGGCCAUCGCCGCCAUGCGCUCCAGCACGCUGGACGACAUGCACCUCGCAUCGCGCUACGCCACCCUGCUCGACCUGCAUGUUGCUCGGCUGCGCGAGAGCUUCGUCGUAUCCUCAAGGCCGCCUCGACUGCCCUCCCGCGGUGUGUCCAUGGAGAAAGGCGUAACUUCGGGGAUGGACUUCUUGCACAACCACAACGCAGGGAGCUCAGGCAUAGCAGCACUUGCGGAGGAUGUGAAUGGGUUGAUGCCGGAUGACGACUGGUUGGCACUCCCGUUUGAUGCGUCUAUGGCGCCUUUUGGGCUUGAUUCGGGGCAGAGCUUUCAGGGCUUUGAUGAUGGGACGUUGGACUUCAUAUGGAAUCUGCCCAUGUAAUGCUGUCACAGUGAUGAUGAGUUGCCAAUUAAAAUCAUUUUUAUUCU